UUUAUGGAGUCAGAAAAUAUAAUAAUUAUAAUUAUAAAGAAAAAUGACUGAUAAAUACGUGUCUCUUGACCCAACCCAGCAAGAUAGAUACCUCUCAUCACAGAAAAACGACUUGAUCAGACGCAGACAAACUGCACUUGCUGGUGAGCCUUUCGGUUCACAGGCAGGUGCUCCAUUUGCUGUUGCAACUGGGCUUAUGGCUUAUCAUUUGUUGUCUGGAAAAUUUUCAUUUUUCCCACUCUCUGUUAAAAAGGCUCCACAUUAUGGAAUCAUUCUCGGAGCUACAUUCUUAGGUUUCCACUUUGGUAGAUCAAUAGCAGCAGGUGUCUUCAAUGAUCCUAACGCCAGAGUCAGCUCUGAAGGAAAGAGACAAUAUCUCAGCGGAACUGGACCUCUUGAUAAAAUGACCAAGUAAUAAAUAUUCAAUAAUGUUAAAAUUAUUA